AUGGCCUUGGCGCCCCUGGCGAACAUGACCUGGCGGACGUUCAUCGACAUCUUUGCCGGUGAGUUCGCUGAGCAUCCGAACGGGAAGAAGGCGGUCGUCUGGCUGCGAGAGUGCAUCAAAGGACUGAACGAGGAAGACCUCCACCAGAUCAACUUUCGGCUGCGGCUCGCGUACAAGCGCGCUCGGCGCGCAGAGGCCGAGCCCGAGACGAGGCAUCUGACUCCGAGCUACCUGGAAAACCCCGGGUAUACCGGGGUAUUUUGCGGUUCUGCCAGCGCGCUGCCAAUGACUGUGCUGCUGCUGGCUUCGAUGCUGCUGUCGUCGCUAAAUAAUUUUGCCCAAGUGGCCACGCCGCAGACCGUGACGCUCAACAACGGCCUGGUCAUGCCCAAGCUCGCAUUCGCCGCCAACGUGUGGCCCACAGCGACUUGCCGCAACGCCACUCACCUCGCCCUCGACGCUGGCUUUCGCUUCGUGUGGUCGUCGGCGCUGGUGCACUCGGAGUGCCAGCGGGCGCAGCGCGAGGCGAUUUCCGAGCACCCGACGGUUCGGCGCGCCGACCUCUUUUUGGCGGGCACCGUCGAUACGCAGGGCUGCGCCACACUCGACGACUGCCGCUCGGCCACGCUGGCCGGGGCGCAGGCGCAAUUCCGGAUCCUCGGGCCCGAGCCGCUCGAGAUGCUCAUGCUCGACUAUCCGAGUUCGGCCGGCUGUGCCGGCAUCACCGGGCAGUGGCAGGCCUUGACCGCCCUGUACCGCGCCGGCAAGGUGCGCUCUGUGGCGGUGAGCAACUUUGCGGCUGCGCAGCUGUCGUGCCUCUUAUCUGCGGAGGGGGAGGGCGGCGCGGCGGUGCCGCCCGUGGCGAACCAGAUGCGGUUCUACGUCGGCCACACCGGGGUCGACCUCGCACUCAACGCGCGGCACGGCAUCGUCGUUCAGGCCUACAGCCCGCUCGGCAACGGCGCCCUCAUAUACGCAUCCGCCGCUCCUGCUGCCACCAAGCUGGAGCCUUCCCUGAGCCUCUCCGCCUUCUACCAAGAACGUGACGGUCGCGACGCAGAGCACGUGCACCUCGCCGAGGAUGCCGCCCUCUUCGGCUGGAGCCUCGGUGCGGCGGAGAUGGCGAGGCUGGACGUGUACCACCGCCGGGUGGAGAGGCUCGACGCGCUCCACGAGGCGACCGCCGGGGAGGAGGCGCCCGCCGGGGAGGUUGUGCCACCGUCCUGCCCGCCCGGCACCGUGCCGUGGCCGGGCGAGGCGUGCGAACCCCUUCGACGCGCGGAGGCGUCCGCGCGCGCCUUUCUGCGCGCAAACAUGUUCCCCUUCGACGCGCCAAACACGGGGACGCUCUUCGACAACUUCUCGGCGAGCACUUCGUCCGGCGUCGCGCAGGCGACCGCCUCGCUCGCCCUCUCUGCGCGCGCGCGGUUCGGCUGGGCGGCGAGCGUGCCACGCCGCCUCUUCGAGGGGUACGUGCUGCCGUAUGCAAGUGUGAACGAGGCGCGGACCGACUGGCGGCAGCUGCUCUGGGAGGCGCUCACGCCGCAGCCGUGGGUGGAGGCGCUGCCGAACGCGUCGUCGAUCGAGAGCGUGGCGGUCGCUGUGAACCGGAACCUGUGGGGCGCGCUAGGCAACCUGACGGGCCGGCGCGCGAUCCGCUUCAAGUCGGACCAGACGCCGCUCGUCUACGACCCGCUCUCGACCAUCCUGUUUGGCUACGCGUCCUGCACCGGCGUCUCGAUCGCCUACGUCGACGCGCUACGCACGCUCGGCGUGCCGGCGCGGCUCGCAGGCACGCCCGCGUGGCACGGCAAGCCAGAGGCUGGCAACCACAACUGGGUGGAGUGGUUCUGCAAUAAGGCGCACUUUGGGGAGGGCACGCGCGUGUUCGCCGCGGCGUUCCGGAGGGAGGAGUACGGCGAGGGGCGCGCGGCGACGCACUACCCGAUGGCGUGGGACCUCGACAACAAGGGCGUGGUGGGCGUCGACAGGUCCGAGUACUAUGCGAGCGUGUGCGGCGCGUGCGGCGGAGUCGAGGGUGCCGCGCUUUAUAGUGUUUAG